GAAGAUUGGACAUUAUUAUUUAAUCGUAGCAAAAUAAUUUUUCGUAUCUUCUGCUAUUUUGCAUGAUGACAGAUAUAUGUAGAUAUCCAGGAAUCAUUUACCAUGGAAAUGUAUGCUAAGGUUAUGAACUUGACCUUGUUGUUUUGGUGGUCAGAUUUUCUAUAUUUAUAUAUAAAUGUCUCUAGCAGCAUUCCGGAAAUCUCUUGAAAGUGGGUGUAGAUCUAAUCCCUCUUAGGCUUGGUGUUUUGUUAUCAGUCCCAAGAACUUUCCACGCUUGCGCGUUUGACUUGUUUACGUGACUUUGUUUGUUCAUUUUUACGAAAUUUUUUCGGACCCUCCUAUCAGCAAGAACCAACCUUCCGCCCUCCACUAUGUCUUUGAAAGAUCGGCAGUUGUGUCAAACAACAAGGCAAUGCAAUUACUGUUUGCUCGCCAUCUUUGUAUCAAAUGGUAUCAUCUAAAAAGGUUUUUAUCGCCAAAUUGUGAAACUGAUUGCCUUACAAACUUAUCGAAAAGCAUUAUGGAUUGGAUGAUCUUUUUGUUGCCAGAUUUAUUUAGGUAGGGAAUUACGCAAGUGUGAGGAAAGAAUGGUAUGGCAGCACGAACAUUUGAAGAGAAGCCAUGAUUGUAGUGGUGAGGUUGUGUGAGGAAAGGAUGACCCUGUUUCACCACCUGAAGCUCAAGCGACCCCGGAUGAACAGCGCCGAUCAUACCCCCAGCAUGCAUCCCCCUAUCCCCUCAUCCCGAAAGAAAGCCUCCUCAUCCUCUGUAGCAUCCUCCAUGGGAAAUAGAAACAACGAUCAAGCGGCGGCUGGGAAAAGACUGGAAAGCGAAAUGGGUCUGGACUCGGGUAACAAGGAAGAGAAACAGAGCAACGAUAUCCAGACGGAACAGCCUCCUUUCCUAGAGUGCGGGAGCGGUCUACCAGAAGACAAUGAAGCUAUGCCUCAACUUGAGAGGCAGAACAGUGUAUUCGAUGGUGGGGGUAACCCCGAGGGGCGCGACAUUCUUCCUCAUCUCAGCCCUCAGCUGUGGCCCCCUUCCAGCACACUUUCAUACCAGAGACAUUUCGGACCCGCGGAGGCUGAUGCCGAGGAAGAACCGCCGCCCCUGCUAAUGGGGGACGUGCAAGGGCGAGGAAAGACUAUGGUUUGGAGGAGAAGCCCUUCUUUCUCCAGAAAUCGCGUUCCACCCUCUUCGACUAUCACAUCACCCCCAUCUUCAAAACGGACACCCUCUCCCAAGCACACACCCAUCCCUUCGCCUACAGCUACUUCUCCUCAAUUCGAGUCUGCACAAGCUAUAUCAGCUGUAUAUAUGCAAUCUUCAACCACCACCUCGUUCACUUCCAUCCGGCCGUCUUGUUCCAAGUCCACUUUUGAGGGCAGCCUGGACGAAGAGUCAUCUUCCACUUCCUUCCAAUCUUGGCCUGUCACGCCUUUUGGUGAAUCUCCUCCAUCCCGGACGCCUUCCUCAUCGGCGACGCCACCGGACACUCAAGCCUUGAACUUAUGCGUUGCUUCCACUUCCAGGGAGAGUUCCACCAGCAAGGAAGACGAUGGUCAGCCUAUGGUCUGCAUGAUAUGUGAGGACAGAGCAACUGGACUGCACUACGGUAUCAUCACUUGCGAAGGAUGUAAAGGUUUCUUCAAAAGAACGGUACAGAAUAAGAAGGUUUAUACAUGCGUGGCAGAUGGCAAUUGUGAAGUGACGAAGACUCAAAGGAAUCGAUGUCAGUACUGUCGCUUCCAAAAAUGUGUUCGUCAAGGGAUGGUACUUGCUGCGGUUCGAGAAGAUCGAAUGCCUGGUGGAAGAAAUUCAGGAGCUGUAUAUAAUUUGUACAAGGUCAAGUACAAGAAACAUCGAAAAGGGCAAAAGAACGGUCACGUGACGCAAGAACAGCAACCUCAACUAGCGCUUCCAGCGGCCACACCUCGCAUAUCUACUCAACAAGACUGGGCAAAUGGACAAAUUCUGAAAGCGGCGCUUACGAGUCCAGCUGAAGUCAGUCACCUGAGACACAGGACAGAUAACUGUGUUUCAAGUUCUGUGAGACAAGAAAGCAGAAUGACAGCUGAAGAAGCUGCAGCUAUGAUCCGACAACUAGUUGAAUGUGAUACUUUUGAGGACGUCGCUAAAUUGAAGAAUGCUAGAGAACUAUUGCAGUGCCAAUUAGAACUUAAUGAUAAGCUUUGCCACAUAGGAGACAACAUUGUGUAUAAGUUGGUUCAGUGGACCAAAGGAUUGCCUUUCUAUAAUGAAUUACCGGUCGACAUUCAUACUAAGCUGCUGACCAACAAGUGGCACGAGCUUCUGGUGCUGACAGCCUGCGCCUUCCUGGCCAUCAGAGGGACGCCACCCAUCACUAUCGCACAGGUUGUUUCUAGUUGUUUAAGUUCGUUAAGAGAAUGUUUGGCCAUUAUGAUCGGUGAAUCUAUAGGACUUGAAGAGCUUAAAGAGGCUGGGCCGCUUGUUGAAAGACUGGCACGCUUGGCAGACACUUUUCGAAGGAUGGGAUUGUGUAUAGAAGAAUAUGUGAGUUUAAAAGUUAUCAUCAUGGAAUCAUCAGAAGGGGUCAGAGAACAAUGCAGAGCAGGUGAACUAACAGAAGAAAUGAAAGAACGACAAAAAGAAGUGGAAGCCAUCCAUGACAGAUACAUGAAAGCACUUCAAGUGUUUGUUGAACACAGGUUCCCCCUACAGUCUUCGAGGUUUGCAGACCUUCUCACAUUUAUUCCAGAAGUGGAGAGUAUAGCCCGUUUAGUGGUCGAGAGUAAAAUGUUCUAUGUGCCUCUCUUUCUCAAUACUAGCCUUAGGAAUGAGACGGGAUAAUAUAUAUAUAUAAACAUAUUGCAACUCAAUGGGUGCUUAAAAAUUGAAUUUCAUCUCUUGGCCUUUUUUAUACACAUUUUUUUGUUUUUUGAUACAAGAAUUUGAUAUCAUUCGUCAAGGGCGUGUGCUACUUGAAGUAAUCAAAAACAGUUGUCUUCAAAUACAAGUAUUCUUCUCAACAAAAUCAACAAACCAUAUUAAUAAAACUUGAUUGGAAAAUCAUCAGCUGAAACAUCAUCCAGACAUCCUCCACUUAAUCUUUUUGAAGUUUUUAAAAACACUCAGCAUUCCAUUUAAAGAAUUUGUGUCUGACUUGGUGUGCUCUUUAAACUAAGAAGUGCUGUUUAUUAUUUUUUUUUUACCUUUUUCUUUACAAUGUAAAUUUAAAAACCUUGUAUUCUGACCAUGUUGUAAAUGCCUUAAGAAUGAUUUUCUGGUGGUAAUGUUUAAAAUGCCAAUUGUUUGGUGGCUUUUGCAUGUUUUCAGAUUUGAUGUUACUGGGUAUAAGUGAUUUUAAAGACAAAGCACUUGACGAAUGUUUUUCCUUACCAUCUUUGGAGAGUAUCUGCAUGUCAGCUGGACGGAUGAAUAUCUGCAUGCCAACAAGAAAUAUAGAUAUCUGCAUGGCAAUUAUGACUGCUUCCUCUUAAAUAUAUGAACGUAUUUUCUAACCAUCUUUGAAGGUAAGGUAGGAGCAUCUACAUGUCAGCUAGAAGUUUGGGUAUCUGUUUGCCAACAAGAAAUAUGGAUAUCUGCAUGGCAGCUAUGGCAGCAUCCAUUUAAGGAAAAGAUGAAUGUAUUUCCUAACCAUCUUUGAAGGGAAAGUAAGAGUGUCUGUAUAUCAGUGAGAUGUAUGAAUACCUACAUGCCAACAAUAAAUAAUGAUGUUUGCAUGGCAGCUAUGGCAGUAUCCAUUUAAUUAGAAGAUCAAUGUAUUUCCUAAUCUUUUUUGGAGAUAAAGUAAGCAUACCAGCUAGAAAUAUGGAAAUCUGAAUGGUAACUAUGAUAGCUUCCAUUAAAAUAUUUUGAUCCUUAAUUUUUAAGAAAAAAAAUUAUGAUAUGUAUUUGAAGUUUGUGCAAUUCCCAUGUUGAUUGGUUUAAUAAAUGAUUAUAGCAAUUCUUAUUUGGACCAUGAUAUUGAUGCCAUGAUAAUGUAUGAAAAAGGGUGUGAAACAAAAGUUGCUCUCGAUAUAUAAAAUACAGACAUUUUUAAUAUUUUUAAAAAGGCGUUUUUCCAUCUGUGAAUUAAGUUUUUCUGGAAUGGGACAAUGACAAUUGCAAGUUGUAUACUUGAACGUACUAAGGUAUGAAUUUUAGAAUUAACUUGGAGAAUCUCUAUUAAUUGAAGAUCCUCUGUCAGAGAAUUAAACUGUUUUAAGUAGCUAUUUCACUGCCAUUAUUAAGAAAUUAUAUUUUCCAGUUCCUUGAUGUGAAAGAAAAAAGACGGACUUUCUGAAAAGAAAAUGCAAAAUACAUGAAAACUGAAUGUUUUUAAGCGAUCUGUUUUUGACUGUUGAUUAGGAGGAAGGAAAAUGAUAGGUGAGAUUGAUUGAUUCAUUCAAUCAAUCAAAGUAAACGCUAUCUGAGUAUGAUGUGUUUGUUAUUGUAUAGAUAAAAAAAUUGUUGGAUUUCGUAGGUGUUAUUUUUUCCCUUGGUGUGAAACAUGCACGGAGUAUUUCUUUGGAGAAUGCAUAGUCAUGUAGUGAAUUGUAAUUUAAGGUUAUAGAAAAGUGUUUUUUUUUAUAGCUAUAUGUGUUUUGUUUUGAUUUAUGGCAAGCAAAACAAAGAAGCUAAAAUGAAAUGAAUCCCGGUUAUAUGUGUGUGUAAGUACUGUCCUUCUUUGUAAAAACUUGUUUGAAGGAAAAUUAAGCAUAGUUAUUUCUCUAGUGCUUGAUAGAAAUAAAGUAUUUGAAUGAAGUAUGGUAUAUGC